AUGACGGCCCCGUCCGUACCUCGUAUACGAACUCGCAAGCCCAAAGUCCGCUCCGGCUGUGCUACAUGUAAAUCCCGAAGGAUUAAAUGCGAUGAAGGUCGGCCGACCUGUGCUCGCUGUCAGAGAAGCCGGCUGCCUUGCAAAUACGAAAAUAGUAGGACUCAAAAUGGCUCCGUGCCGGUAUCUAAUAGCGGCGAUGCCGGUUCGCAGUUAGCUCCAGGGAUACGUUUACAUGAUCUUGAAGGGCACGAGGUCUUCUACUUCGACUUAUUCCGUAACGUCGUUGUAGGCAAUCUCUCUCUGAACGGGUACAAGAAUUUCUGGACUCGGACUGUACUUCGCGAGAGCCUCAGAGAUGAAUGUGUACGGGAUUGCGUUCUGGGUACCGGUGCGCUGUGUCGGGCAAUGAUGGACCAGAUCCAUCGUCUGAAGCAGCCAGGGGCGAAGUCCCUUUGGAUGGUCCCAACAGAUACUCUCAACCCUAUCAAUACUAGAUACCACAGAGACGCACUCCAGUUUUAUACCACGGCCAUCUCAAAGUUUCGAAGGCGAAUGCUGCUCGAGGGCUCGUCUAUUGCGCCACGAACGAUCCUGAUCAUCAGCAUUUUAUUCAUCAUGUUCGAGGCGAUGCAGGGCAACACGGAGACCAUCGAUCGGCUUAUGCACUCUGCCAUACUCGCUUUGGAGAGUUCCUUGUCUGGUAGCAUGAUUUUUGGUUCUCGGUUACCACCGAAUCUAGACGAUGAGGGUGUCCGUGAAGCGGACUAUUUCCUCGCACGCCUGUCUGCGUUCAACUCUUUGCUAUCCCCACUUUUCAAUAACCCGACAGAUUUCAUAAAAUUCCAAGAGGAACAGAUGCUUGCUAAAGAUCAAUCAAAAACUUGGUGCGAGUUUUUAGAAGGCAAAGUAAACCAAGAGAAGGAUCUCGCCCAGUACUGGAGUUGGAAAACUAUGCUAGUAGAGGCGAAGAUGUUCAACAUCUACUCUCAUUACAGCCACGACCUAGAAGAAUGCGAAGCUAUAUGGGAUUCGCAACUCCCCACCUGCCGCGAAAUCAUCGUACUCGCGGAGUCGGUGUUACAAGAAGGGAGUCCGCUUACUGGUACUAUGCCGCCUCUUUUCGAAGACAAACUGCAACCGAUGCUGCGUUCCCUAAUAUGCAAAUGCCGCAACUACGACAUUCGGUCGAGGGCACUAGCCCUCUGUCAGAAGCUAUCCGGGCCCUGGUUUGAGAAUAAGGCGAUGGUUGUCGGCAUGAGGAUCCUUGUUGAGUUAGAAGAACAGCAAAGAGAUGCUUCUGGGCUCAUACCCUACCGGUCAAGAUUAAGAUGGAAUAUAUCAUCGUGGAACGACGACCGGACAGAACUGCGUAUGGUGCUUACAGGAGUUAUUACGGGCGAUCGUAAGGAGUUGAUGAUUCGUAAAGACGAAAAUAUCGAUGACAUGAUUGCAAAUAUGUCUAAACUAUCUGUCUAA